CCACCAACCGCACGAAGCAUUGCCUUACUUCUCGCAUCCACACCAACGAUCCAAGACGCUCAACCAGGUGUCCUACACCAGCUCUUAGAAUUCUCGCAUCGGUAUACUUCGCAGGUGUUGUCCGAUGCGUUAGUUUAUGCGGAACAUGCAGGGAGGGCGGGAAAGCUUGAGAUGGAGGAUGUCGUACUUGCUAUUCAGGGGCGUGUGGGGUGGGAGUUGGGUGGGAGGGUACCGAAGGAGUACAUGCUCUCCCUAGCCCAACAAACAAACGCAAUCCCCUUACCAGCCGUCCCAGAAGCCUUCGGCGUUCGUAUCCCAUCC